GCGCCACAAACACACAGCCACGCAGUAGGAUGUAGGACGGAACACCACGAAGACACAGGGGAGAGAAGAGAGAGAGGCACAGGGGAGAGCAAUGAGCAGACACCCCACGCAUGGCGCUUAGCAGACCCUCGUCGCCGCUAAAACCCUAGCGCAGCGGCGCGGACGCGGAUGCCCCUCGCUCUCCUCCUCUCCCGCAUUGGCCUCUCCCUCUCGCCGGCCGCCAUGUCCAGCACCCGCUCCUCCUCCUCCAGGCUGGUCCGCGCCGACCUUGGCCCAGGUGUAAGAGAAGUGAAACGUGAAUCCAGUGUUUCUUUUGACACUUCCAAGUCUGAAUCGUCUGCUUCUCUGAAGAGGAAAAGGGUGAAGCGAGAGUUUGAAGUAAAUCGGGAGCAUCCUAAGAAGCAGGUUGGUGUUGUCCCUGACAUUGAAGAUUUUCGAUAUGACAAGAUCAAAGCAUCAGCAUCCUCAACUAAGGAAGCACCAUCUUUGGUUAGGUUGGAGAAAAAGGUCAGAGUCUCAUCAGUUGUAAAAGUUGAAGCUCCGGAAAACUGGGAAGCAGUUCUAGAAGGUAUAAAAAACAUGAGGUUAUCUGGCCAAGCACCUGUAGACACGAAGGGCUGUGAAAAAGCUGGUUCUCUUCUUCCACCCAAGGAAAGAAGAUUUGCAGUUCUGAUAUCAACUAUGAUGUCAAGUCAAACAAAAGAUGGAGUUACACAUGCUGCUGUGGAGCGUCUCUCUGAGAAUGGUUUACUUGAUCCUGAUGCUAUUGUCAGAACUGAUGAGGCCACACUAGCGAAUCUUAUCAAACCUGUUGGAUUCUAUCAGAGAAAGGCUCAGUUCAUAAAAGAAGCUUCUAAAAUUUGCCUUGAACGAUUUGGAGGGGAUAUUCCAGCUUCUCUGAGUGAGCUGCUUGCUCUGAGGGGAGUUGGCCCUAAAAUGGCUCAUUUGGUGAUGAGCAUUGCUUGGAAAAAUACUCAAGGAAUCUGCGUGGACACACAUGUGCAUCGUAUUUCUAACCGUCUUGGGUGGGUUUUCCGAGAAGGAACAAAACAGAAAACUACAACACCAGAACAAACAAGAAUGUCUCUUGAGAAGUGGCUACCCAAGGAUGAGUGGGAACCUAUAAACCCAUUACUGGUUGGAUUUGGGCAGACUAUCUGUACUCCACUGAGGCCCAAAUGUGACCUCUGUGGCAUAAACAACAUCUGCCCGUCAGCUUUUAAGGAGUCAUCGAGUCCAAAUCCGAAGCAAAAGAAAACGAGGUCUCCAUAAAAACUGAGGAUUAUUGGGUUGUCUUUGGUUGUGCUUGGUGCCAGUACCAUUGGCGAAUCAUAUAUCAUUUUGUAUAGCUGUAAUUUAUUGAAGACAAUAGGUAGGCAGCUCGAUCCUAGCAGAGAAGUUCAUGUCCUUUGUUGGAUAUGAAGUUGCGAGGAACGGUGAUCUUUUAAGAGGGGAGGUGAAUUAGGAUAUUUAAAAAUGAAUGGUUUUAAAAACUUUAUAAGAUAAUUUUAUUUUUAUCUAAAUGUGCUUUGUAUUUA